AUGGGUAACACAUCGAGCCUCAAGUCCCAUAUGUCUAACGCCGAGAGGACAGGCGUUUUCCAGUUGACGAAAACCAGUUUAACUGAAUUCCCGUCCGAUUUGUCCAAAUUGUCACCAAAUCUGCGAACUCUGGAUCUCUCCUACAAUAAGAUGCGAUCCAUUCCUCCACUCAUCGGACACUUCCAGCACCUAAAGAGCCUGUCGUUGAACAGCAACCGAUUGGUGUCACUGCCGGCGGAGAUCUCGCAGUUGACACGACUGGAAGUGCUGUCACUCAAUGAUAAUCUGCUGAAACAGUUGCCGCCAUCGAUGGCCAGUCUCGCGAACCUCAGAACCGUUCAGUUGGCGAACAAUCAGUUGCAGACAUUUCCCACAGUAUUCCUCCACUUAAAGCACUUGGAUUUCCUGGACUUGUCUCGCAAUCACAUCACCGAAGUUCCCGAUGACGUCAAGAGUCUGUUUGUGUCUGAACUGAAUCUAAACCAAAACCAGAUAUCUGUGGUCUCGGACGCCAUCGCCGAGUGUCCCAAACUCAAGGUCUUGAGAUUAGACGAGAACUGUUUGCAGUUGUCGGCCAUCACUGAGAAUAUGCUGAAGAACUCGAAGAUAUCGCUGUUGGCCGUCGACGGCAACCUCUUUGAGUUGAAAGACUUACACCAUUUGAAUGGUUACGAGUCUUAUAUGGAGAGGUAUACGGCGACUAAGAAGAAGAUAAUGUGA